AACAGAAUAAACACAUGGUCGACAUGAUGCUGAUUGUCAGAAUCCCUCUCUGCUUGUUCUGUGGAGCUUUAGCAGCAGCAGCAGCUCGGGACUUCUACCAGGACGUCCACCUUGCAGACCGCAGGUUUACAGGCCUGAGACCAGAGCGGCCUGUAGUCCAGGAACCAGCAGCUGUCCAACAGGAGAAACAAUCUUUUCAAGAACCGUUGUCUUGGAGGUUCCCGGAGCCACCGGCUGAAGAGGAGCCUCACUUCCCUCCGAACUUUGAACUGAAGCCACCAGCAGCAGCUGACAGUGUCACGGCCAUCUGCGGAGAGAGCUCUGUCCGAGUGGAGGCCAAGAAAGACCUGCUGGGGAUUGGUAAACCAGUCCAGGCUGCAGAUGUCACACUAGGAGGAUGUGCUUCCAUAUGGGAGGAUCCUGAGGUCCUGGUCUUUGAAUCAGAGCUGCACAGUUGUGGCAGCCAGCUGAUGAUGUCUGAGGAUUCGUUCAUCUACAUCUUCACACUGUUCUACACUCCCAGCCCUCUGGGAGACAGUCCCAUCAUCCGAACCGUAGACUUCUCAAUCAGCAUCCAGUGCCACUACCAGAGGAAGCAUGAUGUGAGCAGCGGGCUGCUCAAGCCGACCUGGACUCCGUUCAGUGGCACCAAAGUUUCAGACGAGAAUCUUUACUUCUCCCUCAGACUCAUGACUGAUGAUUGGCAGUUCCCUCGUCCAUCUGCUCAGUUCCUCCUGGGAGACAAGAUGAGGUUUGAAGCUUCAGUCAAACAAUUUCAUCACAUCCCUCUCAGAGUGACCGUGGACAGCUGUGUGGCAUCAGUGGCCCCAAAUAUUGACACCGUCCCUCGAUAUGCCUUCCUGGGAAACAAGGGGUGUCUAUUCGACAGUCAGCUGACAGGCUCCAGCUCUCAGUUCCUGCCUCGAUCUCAGGAUGGCAAACUGCAGUUUGAGAUUGAGGCUUUCAAGUUCCAGCAGGACAACAGUGGCGUGAUGUACAUCACAUGCAGUUUGAGAGCCACAACAGCAGAUACAGCUGUUGACACCACAAACAAGGCCUGUUCAUUCUCCAACGGGUGGAGGGAGGCCAGUGGCAGCCAUCGCGCCUGUUCUUGCUGCGACACAAACUGUGGGACAAGUAGCAAGAGUGACCUGACUGAAGCAGGUAGUCAGCUGACUGGUUUGUGCUGGUGCUCAGUGGGAACAUGA